AUGAUCAACGGCAUAGAAUUUACAAUAUUUAAAGCGUUAAGUCAUCCAGAUUUAACAAUUGUUACGAUCUAUCGUUCACCUCAAAUUUCUGUUCGUCAUCUCUGUGUCGCAUUGACAGAGAUUUUACUUGAAAUUUCUGGGAAUGAACGU